AUGCAAGAGGAGGUUAUAAGUUGGAUUAAGAAGAGGUGGAAAUACAAAGAUAAAAGUGGAACUCAAAGUGCGACUAAGAGAUGUGGUUGUCCAUUCAAAAUUAGGUCGACUCCGACAAAAGAUGGAUCUGGAUGGAAGGUUGAUGUAAAAUGCGGAACUCAUAAUCAUGGAUUACCAGAUAGAUUAGAAGGACAUGCGUUUAUUGGUAGGUUGACUGAAGAAGAUAUGCAACAUGUUGCUGAUUUGACAAAGAGACAUGUAUCACCUAGACACAUAUUGAUUUUAUUGCAAGAGCGGGAUCCUGAGAAUGUUACUCGGAUCACGCAAAUAUACAAGCAUAAGAGUGUGAUAGGAAAGGAAAUAAGAGGCCCAAGGAGUGAAAUACAACAUCUACUCAAGCUUAUAGAUGAUACGGGUUAUGUCUACUGGAGUAGAAAAAAAGAUGACUCGGAAGUUGUGAGAGAUAUUUUUUGGACGCAUCCACAUUCGGUAAAGUUGCUGAAUAUAUUUCCCAUUGUGUUAGUUAUGGACAUCACUUACAAGACAAAUAAAUAUAGACAACCUCUGUUUGAAAUUGUUGGCGUGACAUCGACCGAGUUGACAUUUGCUAUUGGAUUUGCUUAUAUGGAAUGUGAGCAGACGGAGAAUUUUUGUUGGGUGUUAGAUAAGCUGAAGCAAUUGAUGAGAUGCAAGCAAACUGUUGAGAAAGACAUGCAAGAGUCGAUAGACAAAUUGUGGACGAAUGUUGUAUGGGCAAGUGAUGAGGUUGAGUAUGGUGAACGGUUGAAACUACUUGAAGAAACAUGUUUUUCAUGUAGUGAAUUUGUUGAUUAUGUGAAAGAUACAUGGAUUGAGUCUGCACAUUGGAAAUUAAAGCAAAUGUUAGAAAAUAGUAUGGGUGACAUGGUCAAAUGUUGGGAAGGUAUGAAUGGAAACAUGAAGUUACAAAUAAACAACAUCCGAACUUCUCUUCAAAAAAGUUUUUAUGAGGUUGAACACGCACACAUAAGUCCAUUUUAUGGUAACUUGCAUGGCUUUGUUAGUAGGGCUGCUUUGAGGCACAUUGUUAAAGAGUUUACAAGAGUUGAUUAUGUUGGAACGGAAAGGCAAAUAUAUGGUUGUGUUAUGAGAACAACUUAUGGGUUACCUUGUGCUUGCGAGUUAGCGAGGUACAUUAUUGGUGGUGUACCGAUACCGAUAGAUUAUGUUCAUAUUCAUUGGAGACAACUUAGUAUGGAAGGUGAGUUAUCGGCGGAUGGGGAUGAUGGAUCAGAGGUUGAUAUGAGUGGUGCCAUGGAUGAGUUGUGGAGAAGAUUUAGAUCCCUAGAUGUCGUUGAAAAAAGAGCAUUAAAAAGUAGAGUUUGUGAAAUUACUUUUCCUACCACAUCUUCAAUGCUACCACCACCAGAAAGAAUAAAAACUAAAGGAGGUGUGAAGAAGAAAGGGACAAAACCCGUUGACUAUGAUGUUUAUAGAGACCCUUCACAGCAUGAGUAUGUUGACCAAGCAUCUCAAUCUUCACAGAGGCAAUCUCGACCAUCACAGACUUCGAAGAAGAAGUCACAAUCCAAGAAGAAAUCACAACCAACCGAGGUAGUGGACUAUAUUCCUCAGUUUCCUCAUCAUAUUAGGCCAUUUAUUCAAGAGGUGGUAGAUGUUAAAAAAGAUGGUAACUGUGGAUUUAGAGUUAUUGCAUCACUACAGGGGUAUGGUGAGGAUGGUUGGUCAAUUGUCCGUAGAGAAUUGGAUAUGGAAAUAAGGGACAAGAAGAGUUUGUAUAUGACUUUAUUUGGGGACCGUUUCCAAGAGGUAAACAUGAAGGAGGGGUUCCUGUUACCACCUGUCACAGUUGACUGA